AUGCAUUUCUCUUCUGCUGCAGUCCUUGCUCUUUGCUCUAUUGGCGUGACCUACGCAGCACCUUUCGCCAAUCCCGAGAACGAAGAUCUCGCUCGCCGCGCAACUUACUCCGUGGUCAAUGCCGAUGAAGACUCUUCUAGCGCAGUUGCACGCGAAGUCGACACUGUCUUCGAAACCGCCACAGUCACUGCUCCUGGUGCUGAUCCAAUCCCCACUACUGUGACUGUGACUGCCACCCCUUCAGGCGUGUUCCAGUCCUCGACUCCUGUGGCUAGCUCUACUCCGUGCUGGGAGAUCCCUAAUGUUCUCCCAGCUGCUGGCUCUAACUCGUUCUUCCGCCGGGGCCUGAGAGCCGCUGGUCAGCCUGCUCUCUUUGCUCGCGAGUACUCUAGCUCCUCUUCUGCUGCGCUGUACCCAACCGAGUACCCCGCUGCCUCUGCUGCUGAGUCUCUCUAUGCUCGUGGCUGGUACUCUGCUGUUUCUGGUACUCCUUCAGUUGCCACCCCUACCGCCUCGCCUAGCUCACUCGUGGCUCGCGGCUUCGGUGAUUUGUUCUCUUCCGCUUCUGUCUCACCUGCUUCUAGCGUGAUUGCUUCUGUCACUGCCACUCCUCUCGCCGCUCGCGGCUGGUACUCUUCUGCUGCCACCCCCUCUGCUUCGGCGACUCCCCUUGUGGCUCGCAUGGCUCGCAGCUUGGGUGAUGGGUCCUCUUCGGCUUCCCCUUCUUACUCUAGCGUGAAUGUCCCUCUGUCCCCUACUCCCAUUGUUGCCCGCGAUGUGUACGCUUCUCCCUCCGGCACUCCCGCCAGCUCGAGCAUCCCUACUUCAGCUGCUCCCCUGGCAGUCCGCGGCUCCUAUGGCUGGUACUCUCCCGUCCCCAGCGCUUCCUCUGUUGCCACACCUUCUGCUUCUCCUGCUCUUGUGGCCCGUGGUGCCCGCAACUGGGGCUCUUCUAGUGUCUCUUCGCCUGUCUCCAGCACCUUCGCUGCAUCGGCCACUCCUGUGGUCUACUAA